CCUAACCACAGCGAACCAAGUGUUUGAUCAAUCUAGCGACUUCCUACUUCUUCUUUCCGUAAGCAAAUGGCAACCAUGGUCGCCGUAAGCUCCUUCGCCGGUGCCGCCGUUGUCGGCCGCUCUGCAGCGCGGUCGUCCCUGGCGCCGCGCCGGCGCGUCCUCGUUGUCAGGGCCCAGACCGAGCCGGAAAUGGAGCCUAGCAUGGAGACGGCGAGCGCAUCAACCUCUUCCCCAAGUCCAAUCUCAAGCCCGACCCCAACCCCGGCAGCACCCAAGCCCAAGGCUCCCUCGGUGUGGGACGCGCUCGCCUUCAGCGGCCCGGCGCCCGAGCGCAUCAACGGCCGGCUCGCCAUGGUGGGCUUCGUGGCGGCGCUCUCCGUGGAGGCGACGCGCGGCGGUGGUCUUCUCGACCAGGCUGGCAGCGGCGCCGGGCUGGGCUGGUUCCUGGCAUCCGCGGCGGUGUUCUCCGUGGCGUCGAUGGUCCCGCUGCUGCAGGGCCAGACCGUCGAGAGCAAGUCCAGCGGCAUCUGGAGCGCCGACGCCGAGCUCUGGAACGGCCGAUUCGCCAUGCUCGGACUUGUCGCGCUCGCCGCCACCGAGUUCAUCACCGGCACGCCCUUCGUCAAUGUCUAAGACUAGUGCGGCACUUUCGAUAUUCAGCUGACAAAUCAAAACAUGCUAACUUUUGUUGCCAUCGUUGCAACAUUUGUACUAUGGGGUCAUGGGCUCGUGGCAACUUGUAGACAUCGUGUUUAGAUUGUGAUUGUUUUGAUGACCUUUUGGAACGCAGAUUCUCAGUUGAUUCUAAA